GGCCGAGCCGAGCCGAGCCGAGCCGAGCCGAGCUGAGCCGAGCCGAGCCGAGCCGGGCUGGGCCGGGUCGGGUCCAGUCCAGUCCAGUCCAGUCCAGACCAGUCCCGUCGGUCACGGAGUUCUGCGCGCUUGUGCCCGCUGUCUAAAGGCCCCGGGCACUCACGGACCGGACAAACAGCAACAGCCCUGGGCAGGACCCAGCGCCCCAUCCGUCUGCACCAGGCCUCGCUUUCCAGGUGGUUCCAUCAUGGAUGAAACUGUGGCUGAGUACAUCCGAAGAACUGUGCUAAAAAUCCCAAGGGAUGAAAUCAAGACGGUGCUAGAGAAAUGGGGCUUUCUCUCUGAGGCACAACUGCAGACUCUAAAUUUCCAUCAGAUAAAGGACAGCAUUUCUCAUGACGUUGUUCAACUCUGUGAGGAAAAUUCUGCAGACAUAAAACAAGCAGCUGUUCUAGACAUAAUUUACAACCACAUCUACCAAAACAAAAGAAUGUGGAGUGUUUACCAGAUGAAAAAAUCAGGAGAAGAAUUGGAAUAUUUUGACAUAACAGAUUUCAAAAAAAAGUUUAAAGGAAGACUUCGGUCAGCCUUGAAAAAUGUCACCAUCACCUUUAAGGAAUACGAGGAUAAUGCAAUCUGGAUUAGAGUUGCCUGGGGAACACCAUAUAAAAAACCAAACCAGUACAAACCCAGUUAUGUUGUGUACCAUUCACAGACUCCUUAUGUCUUCAUUUCUGCCUCAGUGCUGAAGAGCAACUUGCCUCUGCUGUGUCAGGCCCUGAUUGUUGCUUCCAAUUACCAUGACAUCCGUGAAAUGGAGCUUCGAAGUCAUUCUUUAAACUCCCUUAAAGAUAUUGUGUUUAAGAGAUAUAGCCAGAACUUCCAAACUUACUAUGCAAAACCUCUGCAAGGAGGGAAUGUAGAAUCAGAAAGUGCAGAUAUAAGGAUAGUUCAAGAAAACAGAAGUGAGAAAGAAAGAAUCCACAGACUGAACUGGGAAGUUUUUGGUGGUGGUCCUCAACCAAAACUCGAAUUUGCACAAUACAGGCUUGAGACAAUGUUGAAAAGUGAUCCUAGAAUGGGUGUUUUGGAUAAAAAAGAACCAUUCAGAUGUUUGGUCAAGUUUUCUAGUCCACAUCUCUUAGAAUCGCUGAAAUCUUUGGCACCAGCGGGUGUGGCUGAUGCACCAGUUUCACCACUCCUUACAUGCAUACCACAUAAAGCUAGGAAUUAUUUUAAAAUUAGAGAGAAAAAAGGUUUAUUUCCAGAAAGUUUUGUAAGCCCUUAAUUUAAAACUGAUUCAUAGAGAAAUAUGCAACUCAUUUAUUGCUGGUGUUAAUCUAAAAUGAUCAUAAGCUUUUAAAAAAUAACUUACUCUUUGUUAAUACCUUAAAGUUUUUUCCAAAUUAUGGCUCGUCCUUGAAUUAUUUUUCCGCAGCUGUCUUUAACAGAAGUUAACCUUAACUAAUAAAAAAGCUAAUUGGAAUGUUUAAA